AAAAACUAAAAAACUAAAUUGUCAUAAACUAUUGGUUAAUUUAUUUUGUUAAUAAAUAUAUAAUUAAUCAAUUUAAUACUAAUAGAAUAUACUUUCAUCAAAAAAGCUAGCUCGUGUUAUACAUUUUUACUGGAUGCUAUGAAAUAAAAAGUUGAGAUAAAGCAGUAAUUUUAGUAGUACGAUGGAGUAUUUAGGAAAGAUAGUAGCUCGAGCAUUUAAAAUCGAUUAGAAAAUUAAUAGGCCAAUCAUCACAAUGAUGUGUAAAAAACCCCUCAAACAUAGGUAGCAUAGAAAAAUUAUUUAAAGAAUUAGUCUAUAUCUAGUAAAUAAGAUAAAAAUACAUUAUUUGAUGAUAGCGAUUUCGUAAUAACUGAAGACAGUAACGAAAAUGGUAUUGCUGCAAACUUACAAUCGCUAGAUAUGAAGCGCUAUUCGGAUAGAAAUAACUAUUUCAAUAACAGUAUAAGAGUUUUUAAUCUUCAAAAAAACAAAUCCUAUUCAAAUUUUUAAAACAGUAAUGAUAGCUAAUAAAUAAAUGAAUUUUAAAAUCACCAAGCCUUUUCCUAUAGUUAGCAUUAGAGCUUGGAGUUUUUUAAUGAUAAUAAGUAAUAAUAGUUGAGUAUAAAAAAGGAGAUUGAACACAAUACUUAAUAUAAUACAAAUAAGUCAAAUAUUUCAAAUUCAAAAACUGAAAUGAUUGUAAUGAAGAUAAAUAAAUUUGAUUACGAGCUUUAGGAAGAAAUAAUUAAUUCACAGAGCAAAUAAAAUAUAUUAAAUUAAAACUGUAAUAAUAAGAAUAUUUAAAACUCUAAUCAAAGCCACAAAUAAGGUAGUUUGGAAAACAUAAUAGAUAUUUAGGGAUCAGAUGAUGUGUAGAAGUAGUAGUUUUAAAGUAAAUAACAAAAAAUAUAAAAUAAGAUUUUAAAUAAUAUAUGCUAAACUAAAGGAGUCCAAGAAAGUAUGCUCAAAAACAACAAAUAAAAAAAUGAGUAAUAGUUAUUGCAUGAAUCAGCAAAAUUAGAUGAUUAAAUCACUAAUUAAAUCUAAUUGAUUAAAGGUUGUAAUAGUUAAAAUAAAAGGAAUUCUACAAAUUGUUAAUAGGAGGAUAAAACUUAAUAAAUGUAAAACUCGUAAGUAAGAGGAAGAAAAUUUAAUUAAUCAGAAGAAAAUAUUAAAGAAGAUGUUAGUCCCUCUCCUCCAAAUAUUUCGAGAAUAGAAGUUCAGAAUGAACAGCAAAUACAUCUUUUAUAUAUAGCUAAAAAUAAUAAUAUGACAAGAUAAGAAAACAAUAGAUAUCAAUCUGAACCUGUCACACUCUUUAUGAAUAAUGAUUCUGUUUCCCUUUUUCCAUAAAAAGAAUAUUGUGCUGCUGGUGGUGACAUAUAAACAGAAAAUAAUCAAGAGAUUGAAAUUAUAAAUGAUGACUUUAAUAUUUAAUAAAAAUAAAAUGUGAUUGAAGUUUCAAAUAAUUCUUUUGAACAAGAAUAAGAAUAAGAACACACUUAAAAUAUAUAAAACCACUCUAUCUUAAAUUCAAAUACUUUUAUAGUUAAAAAGAAUCCUGUAACUCCACCAAGAUAAUAACAUAAAUUACAAGAAUAUACAAAUAAUAAUAAUAAUAAUUCAUUUUUUCACUCACCAAUAGAAGAUUAAAAAAAUAUUAAUGAAAGUGAUUUUUUUUAAAAGAACAGCAGCCUUCCAAUUCUAAAAGCUAAUUCUGAUUUGGAUGCAUUUAGAUUGCAUAACAAAAUGUUAGACAAUUAGUAGCUAGCAGAUUAUUAGUUUUGUAAUUAAAAAAAAGAUACUGAGUAAACAAAUUCAGUUAUAAAUGAAAAAGAUAUUUCUUAAAUAUUACAUCAUGCAGAAAGAGAUGAUUUGAAAAGCUUUCCUUAAACACCUAAUAAGAUACUAAAUUCUAAUAGUAUAACUGUCUUUUUCCAAAAUUAGCAAGAAAUAAUCAAUUUAAUUUUUUAAAAUGACAUUCUUUCUUUAAAGAAACUUAUUUAAGGAUUUUCUAAUUAAUAAAAAAAUAUUCCUGAUUCAAACGGUAACACUCUGCUUUACUUAGCUACUAAACUCGCCUUAAAAUAAGACAAAUAUUUUGAUAUCUUUAAAUAUUUACUUUAGAAUGGAGGAAAUCCGCGAAUUAGAAACAAAGAAGGGUGGUCUCCACUUGAUGAAGCUAUAUUUUUUAAAAAUGUCAAACUUACUACAACAUUAUUUGAAUAUAUAUACCAGUCAAAGAAGAAAAAAAUUACUGAGUAAUUAAUUUAAUUAAAUACUUUGCUUCCAUCACUACCAGAUUGCUACAUAGAAAUAAAAUGGCAUUUUGAGAGUAUGAUACCAUUUCUUGGGUACUUUGCUCCAUCUGACACAUUUAGAUUUUGGAAAAUAGGGACAAAUUUUAGGCUGGACACUACUUUGGUUGGAUUCAAUAAUUUAAAAUGUAAAAGAAGAAAUAUGAGUCUGCUAUUUAAAAACUAAUAGUUGUAUCUAGUUAACAAAUCAAAUAAAACCAUCACAGACCCUCAAGAGUAGCUUGAUACUGAAGAAAAGAAAAAAAUUAUACAAGACUUAUUAGAGUCAAAGCCUUUCAACAGUUCUUUUGAUGUAACAUAAUGUACUGUCUAACCAUCAAAAGCAUGGAAUGGAAAAAUAAUUAAGAAGAAAAUAGCAAACUACAAUGCAGAAUAAUAUAAUAUGAAACUUACUUAUGAGUACAUCAUCAAAAAUAAAUCAGAGAUGGGUGAAAGCAUAUAUGAAAAUAAUGACAUCUACCAAAAAUCUCUUUUUAAUCAUAAAGAAUCAAGCAAUAAUCCUCACAUUGUAAGGUCAGCAUCUAUUAACAAUGAUGCAGUCAAAAAUAAUAAUAAAAAAUAAAUAUAAACUUCUCAUUCCAAGGAAAAAGAAAUAAAAAAAACUACAUUUAGUUUAUGGAUGUCUAAAGAUUAUCCCAUACAUUUCAAAUAAUUUUUGCCUGUUUUACAAGUUUUAGAAAGAACGAACCCUAUUUUGUCAAGACUAAACGAAUUUCUUAAUAAAGAUGAAGUUAAAACCCUAUUUUAAAAUGAAGGUUUUCCAGUUAAAAUAUAAAUUCCUCUCAACUACACAAUUAAAAGUACAAUUGAUUUCUCCGAUUUCAAAUUUUUAAACAGCCAGUCAGAAGAACUUAAAAAUAUUUUUGAUAUAGAUCCAACAUAUUAAGUUAUACCAAGAAAAAUAGCUUAAAAAACAUUAACUAGAUCUAAGAAAAGAAUGAUAUUAGCCAAUAUGAUUACUGCUUGA